AUGGUAGUGGCAUCUCCAACUCGAAUUCACGGUGAAAAACUCCUGGCCAUUGAGCUUCCUGUAAUAGACCUCUCAGGUGAGAGAUCAAUGGUGUCCAAUCUCAUUGUCAAAGCUUGUGAAGAUUAUGGUUUCUUCAAGGUAAAAAACCAUGGUGUUCCUCAUGACAUCAUUGCCAAAAUGGAAAAAGAAAGUUUCAACUUCUUUGCCAAACCAUUCGAUGAAAAGCAAAAGUCAGGGCUUGCUAAUCCCUUUGGUUAUGGCUGCAAAAAUAUUGGCUUCAAUGGUGAUAUGGGAGAGGUUGAAUAUCUACUUCUUAAUACCAAUCCUCUCUCCAUUGCUGAAAGAUCCAAAACCAUCUCCAAUGAUCCUACAAAAUUCAGCUCUGCUGUGAGUGGUUACAUAGAAGCAGUUAGGGAGCUGGCAUGUGAGCUAUUAGAUCUGAUGGCAGAGGGAUUGUGGGUCCCGGAUAGAUCCGUGUUUAGUAGGCUAAUCAGAGAUGUUGAUAGUGACUCAAUGAUCAGGUUAAAUCACUACCCACCUAUGCCUAUACUCUGCAAGGAUAAGGACUCGUCAUCACCUUGUAACCAAAACAAGGUAGGGUUCGGAGAACAUUCUGACCCUCAGAUCUUGACCAUCCUAAGAUCCAACGAUGUGGGUGGCCUUCAGAUUUCCUUAAAUGAUGGUGCGUGGGUCCCAGUAACACCUGACUCCACUGCCUUCUGUGUUAAUGUGGGUGACUUGCUACAGGCAAUGACAAAUGGGAGAUUUGUAAGCGUGAGGCAUAAAGCCCUAACCAACUCAUACGAGUCUAGAAUGUCAAUGGCCUAUUUUGCUGCACCACCACUUAAUGCCAGGAUAGCUGUUCCACCAGAAAUGGUCACACCCAUCAAGCCUGCCUUGUACAAGCCUUUCACCUGGGCUGAAUUCAAGAAAGCUGCUUAUGCACUGCGACUUGGAGAUAGUCGCCUUGGUCUAUUCAGGAUGGAAGGAGAAGAGCAAGUUGCUUGA